AUGGACGAGGACUUUCGGAUGGAGUUCCUGUUCCAGGAUGUCUCUUCAGCUGGUUUCAUCMRCAUCUUUAAUGAGCAACAACCCAAACUGCUARRGUUCCUAGAUGAGGUGGAGCAGUGUGCYGUUCAGCUAGACAAGAUGAGCAAAGGAGCAAAGAUCUCCAGUAUCACAAGCAGCUCAGUGGGAGCCGCUGGAGGAAUCCUCUCCAUUGUUGGUUUGGCCUUAAUCCCAGUCACAGCCGGAGCGUCUGUAGGACUGACCAUCGCCGGUGUGACGAUGGGGGUAACAAGUGGAGCCAACAGCGUGGUAACCACCUUAACAGAGGUGGGAGUUAAUUCUACUCAACAGAAAAAAGCAAAUCAAGUCUUUGGGAAGUUCUACGAGGAUUUCCAAAAGGUCCAGGAUUCUUUUGAUGAGGUGAUGAAACAAGUAAUUAAUCUGGAGCAAAGUAACAUAGACGUGUUGCUGGGAGUAGUCAGGAGUGCUCAUAAACUAUAUAGCAUAGGAAARGGUAUUGAUUCCAUUAUUGAUAGUGCUGAUGUUGGUCAGGCAGCAGUUAMAGGGCCUCUYGCUCUCACCAAGGGAGCCAGAGCUGGUGUCAUUGCCCUUAAWGCCCUCUUCCUCGGCAUGGAUAUAUUCUUCAUCGCCAAAGAAAGCCUGAGUCUGGCUAAAGGCAGCAAGACUAAAGUCUCAAAGUUCCUCAGAGCCAGAGCUGCAUUGUUCUGCUCGCAGAUGGAGUCAUGGGAGAAGAUCUGCAACUCUUUGUGUCAAAGCAAACUGACCAAAGAAGAAAACAAAAAUAUCCUACAGAUGGCAUUUUUUCAAGAGGGCAUUUAAGAAACUAGAUCUGAAGGGAUAAAGAGAAUAAAAGUAUGGAUGACAUAGAAAACUGGUGACCUGUCCAGGUGACCCCGCCUCUCGCCUGGAACGUCAGCUGGAGAGGCAGCAGCAUCUCCUGACGCCAUUAAGGGACAAGGGUGUUAGAAAAUGGAUGGAUGGAUGGAUGGCAUUAAAAAAGGUACGACAUAAUGGAGGACCACAUGCUGAAGGUGGAUUGUCAGAAAGAGCAGGAGCUUCUUAAAGAGACAGAAACCUAAUUUCAAGGUGUUGAAUUGUGAAGUUAAAUUCUUUUUCAUAUUUGAUAUAAACAGCAUUUUUCUAACAACUGAA